AUGGCCAACGGUGAAAAAUCUACAUCAUCUUUGGCAUCAAUAGGAUUUUCAAAUUGGAAACACAUUAGUGAACGUUUAAAAGAACAUGAAUUAUCUAUUCCACAUAAUACGGCUCAAGAAAAAUGGAUACAAUUGCGUAUGGGACUUGAUCUUCAUAAAACUGUAGAUAAUAAUAUACAAGAUAAUUUAAAUAUUGAAAAAAAACGUUGGCGUAGUAUUCUUAAACGAAUUAUUGCAUGUAUAGAGUUUUUAGCAGAACAUAAUGACGCUUUUCGUGGACUAAUACAAAUGAUUGCAAAAUUUGAUAUUAUUAUGGCUGAUCAUUUGAGACGCGUACGUAAUGAUGAAAUACAUGAUCAUUAUUUAGGACCUAGGAUUCAAAACGAACUUAUUAGUAUUAUUGCUACAAAAAUACGUGAUGAAAUAAUUAAUCGCGUUAAACAGAACUUUACUUUAAAACCAAUGUCAGAUACCAGAUGGGAAUCUUGGGUCGAAUCGAUUAAACCUAUUCGUUUUCAAUUAUGCCAAGUACACGAUGCUUUAGUAGAAGUAUUGUUAUUUGGUAUGAAGUCACUAUCUGGUAUUAAUAAAGUUAGUAAGAGUCUUCAAAGCGAAAGCAUGGAACUGAAGAAAAUGGGUUUGAGUUAUCAAAAAAAAACUGCACAAAAAUUAUGUGAAGACGUUGGAACUCAAGCAGUUUUUAAACAAUCUAGAGUUCUAAAAAAAAGUAAGCAGUUUGAUUAUGAAUGUAAUGAUACACGUACAGUUUCUAAUGAGCAAAAAUUUUAUCAAGAUUAUUUUUUGGCAGUAGUAGAUCAAGCAAUUGUAUCAAUUAAUCAACGAUUCGAGCAAUUAUCUCAUCAUUCAGAAAACUUUUGA